AUGACAGCCCCGUCAGACACAGACCCCGUCGACAGCUACAACAAUGCCGUUGCAAACCUACGCAACCGGGGCGCCUCUGAAGCCGCAAAAGGCUUCAACUCCCUUCUCGACAGCAGAGACACGGUCGACUCGCUGAUUGACGACUUUCUCACUCCAUCCAACAAGCUUUCUACACCAGAGCUCGCUCGCGCCCAGGUUCACUGGCAGCGCAAGCCCAAGCUCGAACACAUGCUGUGGGCCGAGCCGAGCACCUCGCUCCAUUCGCUCGAGUUUGUUCGUGCUGGUUUGGAGGGCAGAAUCGUAUCGUAUCGCGAAGUCUCGCACACUUCAACGCCGCUGUUGGACUCGAGAUCCUCGGCUUCCAUGGCGAGGAAACCGGCGGCGUCGAGCAACUUUGUCCGCGGCAAGUCUGCCUAUGUUCCCUUUGCUCCCGGUGGGCUGGAGAACGAGGUGAUGAAGGAUGCAGAUGGUGCAGAGCAAGACGCCAACGAUGUGUCGGAAACGAUUCGAUCGCAGGUUGCCGAUAUGGAGGAGACGUUGAGUUCCGGUCGAGGUCUGCGCUCCAAAGCACCCGGUCUCAGUCGAGCGUUCAUCGAUCCUAAUGAGGAGGAGCUCGACGAGGACCAAGACGCUGACCAGGUCACAGAUACCACAAAAGCGGUCGACGUCGGGCUCGGUAUGGCGCCUAUCCCCGUCUAUCGCCCCAUCGAACAAGACCGUGCUGGUCCUUCAACUGUGCGCGGCUCGCGAUUCCAAGCCAACGGUAACGCUGCAAGUCACGCUUCCACCAGUGCCCACGAUGCCGAGCUCGACGAGCUGCUGCCCGUCGAACGCCCCCAGCCAUUGGCACACGCCAGAAGGACCGCCAAGAUCGAAGCCAAACGCGACUGGGCUCAUGUGAUCGACGUCAACCAAAAGUUGUGCAACUUCCACGAGCUCGUCCCCCAAAUGGCACACUCGUUCCCCUUCGAACUCGACACAUUCCAGAAGGAAGCUGUCUACCAUCUCGAGCAGGGCGACUCGGUCUUUGUCGCUGCGCACACGAGUGCCGGUAAGACCGUCGUUGCCGAAUAUGCCAUCGCGCUGGCACAGAAGCACAUGACUCGGUGUAUCUACACUUCGCCGAUCAAGGCGCUCUCGAACCAAAAGUACCGCGAUUUCAAGCAGACGUUCGGCGCGGCCAACGUGGGCAUCUUGACAGGCGAUGUGCAGAUCAACCCGGAAGCGCCCUGUCUCAUCAUGACCACCGAGAUCCUCCGAAGCAUGCUCUACCGCGGCGCCGACUUGAUCCGCGAUGUCGAGUUUGUCAUCUUCGACGAAGUCCACUACGUCAACGAUCAAGAGCGUGGCGUGGUGUGGGAGGAAGUCAUCAUCCUCUGUCCGCAGCAUAUCAACCUCAUCCUGCUCUCGGCCACCGUGCCCAACACCAAGGAGUUUGCAGACUGGGUGGGGCGCACCAAGAAGAAGGACAUUUACGUUAUCAGCACACCCAAGCGACCUGUGCCGCUGGAGCACUUCUUGUAUGCCGGCAAGGAGAUGUUCAAGAUCGUCGACGCACGUGCGCAGUUUCUGGGGACGGGGAUCAAAGAGGCUGGCGAAGCGCUCAAGAGGAAGCAGGAGAAGGAGAGAGAGGCAAAUGCUGCGGCUGGUGGUGGUGGAGGGGCCGGUGCGCGGGGGGGCAGGGGCGGUGGCGCAGCUGGGUCCAACUCACGAGGUAGGGGCAUGGUUCCUGCCCGAGGUGCGGCGCCCAGAGGCCGUGGCGGUGCAGUCGGCGGUCGAGGCGGAGGCUACACCGGAACCACGACGGUGCGCACUGGACUUGACAAGAACCUCUGGAUCCAUCUUGUCGGCAAUCUGCGCAAGAAGGAUCUGCUCCCCUGUGUCGUCUUUGUCUUUUCCAAGAAACGCUGCGAAGAGUAUGCAACCAGCAUGCCCAACACCGACCUCAACACGGCCAAGGACAAAUCCGAGGUGCACAUCCUCAUCGAAAAGUCGCUCACCCGUCUCAAGGGCACCGACAAGGAGCUGCCGCAAAUCAAGCGCAUGCGCGACCUGCUCGGCCGCGGCAUCGGCGUGCACCACGGUGGCCUGCUGCCCAUCGUCAAAGAGAUCGUCGAACUGCUCUUCCAGCGCGGACUGGUCAAAGUGCUAUUCGCCACCGAAACCUUCGCGAUGGGUGUCAACAUGCCCGCGCGCUCGGUCGUCUUCUCAUCGAUCCGAAAGCACGACGGGCACGGCUUCCGCGAGCUCCUCCCCGGCGAGUACACCCAGAUGUCCGGACGAGCAGGUCGUCGUGGUCUUGACGCUACCGGUGUCGUCAUCAUCAACGCUGCCGACCAGCUGCCCGAGACUGCCGUGCUGCACAAGAUGCUCCUUGGCCAGCCGACCAAGUUGCAAUCGCAGUUCCGGUUGACGUACAACAUGAUCCUCAACCUGCUGCGCGUCGAAGCGCUCAAGGUGGAAGAGAUGAUCAAACGCUCAUUUUCCGAGAAUGCCGCGCAGAAGAUGUUGCCAGAUCAGCAGAAGAAGGCGCAGGAACUGGAGAAGCAGCUGGCCAAGGCGAAGCAUCCGCAGCCGCCCGAGUUGGACGAACAGUUAUCGACGUUCUACGAUCUGUGUGCUGCCGUGGUGGCGAGCAACCAGUCGCUGUUCGAGUUGGCGUUGGGGCAUCCGCAGGGUGCCAAGAACUUCGGGGCUGGAAGAGUGGUGGUCUUGCGUGACGAACAUUUUGAGUUUGAUGCGGCCGUGAUUGUGCGGCAGGUGUCGGCGAGCGAGUUCUUGGUGCUUGCUGCUGUGACGCCGGAGAGGAAGCGCGGGGAUUUGGAUUCUAAGGCAGGACAAGUUGCGCCACUGUGGCCGCCGAGAGUGGAGCCUGUGGAUAAUGCGGCGGGGCUGGUGUACGAUCUGCGCGAGGUGCCGCUGAGCAGUAUCUCGCUCGUGACGGACCAGACGAUCAAGAUCGACGUGGCGCUCAUCACGGCACAUCGAAUCAGCGCCAUGAACCGUGCGCUAGAAGCGCUGCUUCCCAUCCGUGCGCCCUUCGCUGCCACCGCGCCUGGCGAUGCAGACGAACCGAUCCGCGAAGCCGAAUGGACCAAGCUGCGCCGACUCGACUUCCAAGAAGCCCUGCGCGCUCGAGACUCGUACUCGCGCAAAACCACCCAACACGUGCACCUGCUCGCCUCGCCCGAGUUCCCCUCAAACUACGCCCUCGUCGCGCACUACAAACGCCUCACGCACACGCUCGAGCAGACGCUGCGCUUACAGUCGGACGAGAACCUCGAGCUGCUGCCCGACUACCACCAGCGUGUAGCGGUGCUCAAGACGCUGCGCUACGUUGACGCGCUGACCGAGAGCGUGCUGCUCAAAGGCCGCGUGGCGUGCGAGGUCAACUCGGCGAAUGAGCUGGUGCUGACCGAGUUGAUCCUGGAGAACGUGCUGACCGAGUACGAGCCGGAACACCUCGUGGCACUGCUGUCGAUCUUCAUUACGCAGGAGAAGACCGACGACAUCCCCGUGCUCGAGGGUAAGCUGCUCGAGGGCUACCACAAGAUCCUCGAAAUCGCCGAGCGCGUCUCGACCGUGCAGCUGGCCAAUUCACUGGCGAGCGAAGACUUUGCCGCGGCCAACAAGAUCGCCCUCGUCCCCGUCGUGUACGAGUGGGCCAAGGGCACCGACUUCGCCACCAUCGCCGCCAUGACCGAUAUCCAGGAGGGCUCGAUCGUCAGGGUCAUCACCAGACUCGACGAGACGUGCAGAGAGAUCAGAGACGCCGCCAGGGUCAUUGGCGACAGAGACCUGGGCGAGAAGAUCCAGACGUGCCAAACCCUCAUCCGCAGGGAUAUCGUCUUUGCGGCCAGCUUGUACUUCUAG